AUGAGGUUUUUCGCUAUCUCUGCUGCCUUCCUAUCCCUCUCUGGCAUUGUUGCAUCUGCAACUAUUGAAAAGCGCAAUUGCCCAGAGGCAGCGCGUUUUGGAACGCUCAGCGUGUUUCCGCUCACUGCUAGCGCAGGCGAUGAUAUCUCAGUCAGUCUUAGCUUGAACUGCCCAACUAUGCAAUUUGGAAUCGUCCCCCAAUUUUUGGAUUACACUCUUGAGGUGCCAGAAGCUAGCAAUAAUGGGAAUGAGCAACCGAUCGUCCUCACAAGGCGAACGUACACGUUCGUCCCUGGCACCAUUCAGCCUAUGGAUGAUUUCACAGUCCAGAUUCCUCAUGGGCCAUUUGUUGCUGGAGCGCCUUAUAAUAUUGUUUUGAACAUGGUUUACCCGAUUGAUGGUACUGAUGGAAGCAGUGUCUUGGUAGAGACCAAGUUGUCGGUCCCUAUUACCAUCAAUGCUUGA